CACACAAGUCCUCACGUAACAACACAGUGUAGUCAGUCAGUGAGCAGACAGAAGAUACGACGGUCCAACUCCCGGCGAAGUGAGUCACCCCCUCUUUAACAAGUACAGUCUCCAAAAGCACAACCAUGGGGAAAGGAUGCAUUACGGUCAUCAAGUAUUUUCUGUUCCUCUUCAACCUCCUCUUCUUUAUCUCUGGAGCCUUGAUCAUGGGCUUUGGCCUGUGGGUUCUCUUGGAUAAUCAGAGCUUCAUCGCUGUUCUGCAGGAAUCAUCAGACACCGUGAAAGUGGCUUCAUACAUCCUUAUCGGAGUGGGUUCAUUGUCAAUGGCCAUGGGCUUCUUCGGCUGCAUAGGAGCCGUCUAUGAAAUCCGAUGUCUGCUGGGUCUGUACUUCACCUGCCUCCUGCUCAUCCUCAUCGCCCAAGUCACCGCUGGAGUCCUCAUUUACUUCCAAAGAGAGCCGUUAAAACAUGAGAUGUCCAACAUCAUAAAAGGUAUGAUGAUCAACUACACCGGCGCAAACAAGACCACGGAGCACACUUGGGACUUCAUUCAGAGAAGUAUGAAGUGUUGUGGAUGGUCUGGUCCAGGAAACUGGUCUGAGAACGUUUGGAUCAGAAACAGUUCUAGGAACCUCUACCCGUGUUCCUGUCGUAAUGAAGAGCUGCCUGGCACAGCGGUAGAGGAAGUUGGCCUGUGUGAGCACACGUCCACACAACUGCCCGUCUAUGAAACGGGCUGUGCAACCAGCGUGGAGAAGUGGCUCGUGGACAACUGUGGGGUUAUUUUGGGAAUGUGCGUCUCUGUGGCAGUUGUGGAGCUCCUCGGGAUGAUUCUCUCCAUGUGUCUGUGCAAGAGUGUGGUCCAGGAGGAUUAUACCAAAGUACCAAAAUACUGAGCUGAAAACAAACUCAGCUUCACACCAUGCACAGAUGGACAGACUCCUUCCUUCUCACCCUCUCCCCUUGUCUCACAGUCUUAUGCGCACACACACAAAAGAAGACAGCUGUCUCCCCCAUUUGAGCUUCUCCUGCCUUGACAUUUGUGCAUUUUUCUCACGCGUCUUGUGUCAAACACACAUGCACACACGUAUCAAUCGGACUUCACACACUUGUUGGACCCAAGUUGUUGUCUUAUCCAUUGUGUUUGUGAAGGAAACAUUUGUAAAGCCUGAGAAUUUUACACUUUGAUACUAUGCAAAUGUUCAUUGGUGUUUUGUUUUGUUUUUCCCUCGGCUGACCUCAUAGAGCACUUCAUGUAGUAGUAGAAAGAGCACUUUAGUGUCAUGUAGUGGGCCUGAGAGCUGAAGUAUCCUCUGACUCCCCGGCAGAGAGAGAGAGAGAGAGAGAGAGAGAACAAGAGGAAGGAGAGGGAGGUGGGGCUUAUGGGUGUAUGUGUGGUAGAUGCUCUUUAGGAUUAAUGCCACUCUGUGAUCCUGCAGCUGGUUUUUCUGGAGCAGAGGGUGGAGGAGAGGCCCAGGGCUGGGCUGCUGUGGUGGAGGGUUUUUGGCUUCUCUCAUCAGGUCCUUAAUAUUAACCUUCGUUUUCGUCCACCUCCUCCUCCUCCUCCCUCCUGGUAUCCAUCAUCUGUUAUUGUCCCUAACCACAUCUCUUGUCUCCAUUUCGGGUGUGUCUGACAGCCAGCAGCUUUGGAAAAUGACUAGUUUUGCAUGAAGUAAGUGUGUGUGUAUGAUGUGCUGAGUGAGUUUUUUUAUUUCCUUUUGUUCUUCUUUUAUAUUCUCAUGUCAUCAGAUUUUUUACGACUGUAUGUGUGACUUUUGGUAAGGGAUUGUGGCACUUCGGUGCUCGGUCAGUGUUUUCUAUGGGAAGGCUGUCACCCACAUACUCUUUUUUUAAGAGUCGUAUUGUUCUUGGUUUCCUCCUGAUUGCUGAUGAUGUGCAGAAUGUGGCUGCUGCUGCUUCAGCAUCUCGUCAGCACUAUUUUGGCCUGAAUCUGAUCUAUUUGAAGCCCGAGAGUGAAUCUGUCUUCACCUGCAACAAUAUUUUCAUUUCUUUAUGACAUUCGUUUGCAAACAAUCUACCACAGCAAGUAAUCUGUCUGUAUUUUCAAAAACUGACCAAAUGAACCGUUUUUGGCCAGUCUUGUUUUAUCACCGUCUGACAAUAGUCAGGUUUCUGUUCACUACAGGAUUUUUUUUUGUUUUCGUUAUAGUAAGGCAAAAGCAAGCAAGUGAUUUCAUAUUUUCAGACGCUGCUAUGACCAGAACAUUACAGAUCAUCAGCUCAUCUUCUUGCUGAAAAUGUUUCACAUGUUUUACAUAUGUAUUCUCCAUCUCUUCGCCUGAGUCAUUUCAUUUCACCCUACCAUGGCUGAUGUUUCUCGUGCCAUGUGAGAAGACAUUUCAAAUCAUGUUCACAAUGCUGAAAGAACAUACAACGCAAGAGAAAGAGAACGAGUGGAGUCGGUCUCUGCUAAUAAAAUUAGCCUCCCUUAUGUGACCUGCCAAAUUGAUAGAUUAAUUUAACUUAAUAAGAGAUGAAGGUUGUUUUUUUUGUAUUAUUGUGUGUUUAAAUUUUUCUACACUUUUACAUAAAAUAAAUUAUCAUUGUUCAGUAGAAAAAGAUAUUGGUGGAUCUGUAGACCAUGAUCAAAAUAUUGUGUACCUGUAUUUACUAUUGAGAACUAUUAAAGUUAAAUGUAGUUGA